AUUUCAACUUCACCUCAAAUCGCGAAAUGUCCGUUAUAAUUGACCAGAAAACGCAGAAAUAUGAUCGUCAACUAAGACUCUGGGCAACGAACGGUCAGAAAGCUUUAGAAGAUGCCAACAUUUGUCUACUGAAUGUCAGCACAACAGGUUGCGAAAUGGUCAAAAAUCUUGUUCUUCCAGGUGCUGGUCACGUAACGAUCAUUGACGACAGUGAAGUAACCAAAGAAGAUAUUCAAAACAACUUCUUUCUCGACAAGGACAGUACAGGCCAAUCUAAGGCUAAUUCUGCUGCAGCACUAUUGCAGGAGUUGAAUGAAGAUGCUAAAGUAGACUAUCUAGAAAAGAACCCAGAAGUAUUAAUAGAUCAAAGCCCUGGCUAUUUUGAAUCUUUCUCUUUGAUCAUUGCUGUCAAUAUGCGCGAUGAAUAUUUAUCAAAGUUGGCACAAUUAUGUCAGCAAUUCGGAAAGGUACUUUUCACCAUCAAAUCUAAAGGACUCGUCGGAAUGUUCAGUGUACAAGCGCCCGAGCAUACAAUUAUCGAGAGUCAUCCAGAAAAUACUGUGGAUUUGAGACUAGCUUGCCCUUUCAAGCAAUUAGUUGAUUAUGUAGCAACUAUCGACCUGGAUAAGAUGGAUCAAACAGAUCAUAGUCAUGUACCUUUUGUAGUAGUCAUAUUAAAAUACGUCGAAGCAUGGAAAGCAAAACAUGACGGAAAAGCACCUCAAAAUUAUCAAGAAAGACAAGAACUCAUUAAGGAUAUUAGAGCAGGAAUGAGGACACCGGAGGAAGAAAAUUUCGAAGAAGCUAUAUCUCAUGUUUGGCGAUUAAGUAAUUCGGACACAAUUUCAUCCGAGAUUCGUCAUCUUUUUGAAGACCCAGCUUGCCAAAAUGCAACAAGCAAUUCUCCUUAUUUCUGGAUCUUGACGCGAGCAUUGCGAGAUUUUGUGAGAAAUGAAGGUGAGGGACAACUUCCUUUGGCCGGAAAGUUACUUGAUAUGAAGUCAGAUACCUUGAAUUAUGUCAAUCUACAAAAAGUUUAUCGUGAAAAGGCUUCGCAGGAUUUGGAAGCCAUAACACAACGUGUAAAUGAAUUGGUUCAAGGUUCGAGUAUUGUUAUCCCUAAAGAGACGAUUGAACUUUUCUGUAAGAAUGCAGCGAAUAUACGAGUGAUUCACUAUCAAAAUCUUUCUGAAAAUAACUUGAAGAAAGAGCAGUUAGUAAACCUACUGAAGAAUGAGGAAAAUUUCUGCUACUAUUUCGUGUUUAAAGCAGCUGAUAAAUUCCAAACUAUAUACGGACGCUUGCCAGCGACAGAAAGCGAUUUUGAUAAUCUGAAGGCCAACGUCACAUCGUUGAUGGAAAGUUUGGGCGUUUCAACGGAAGAGAUGGGAGAAAUUGCUACAAGCGAGAUGUUGAACAGAGUCCUUACAAAUUACGUACGUUUCAAUGAUUUAGAAACAGCGAAUUUGGCAGCGUUAUUGGGAGGUUUAGCAGCUCAAGAAGCAAUCAAACUGUUGACGCAUCAAUAUAUACCCAUUAAUAAUACAUGUAUUUUCAAUGGUAUACUAUCUACCAGUAGUGUUUAUAAAUUAUGAUAAGAACGACCAACUAUACUGUAAACAUACCAUAACAUAAAACUCAAUGAUACGUAACUAAUAAAGUUAUUGCCUUGAAAGGAGUCGCAAAGCUCGCUAUCUUCUUAGGGUUCUUUGUACCCAAAAGCACAGGAAAAAAUGAAAAAGAAAGGCCAAGAAAAGCUCACAAAUUGAGAUAAUCAAAUAAACUAG